UUCAGCCUUCAAUGAAGCAACCACAAUAAUAAAUGUCAAAUCAAAUAUACUUCAACCUGUGAGACUGUAAUUUGACUAAAAAUUUAAUGCCAGUUUAGUAUUGAAUUUAAUUUUUUACAUGAGCAACAGCAAAGAUAUUCAAGCUUCGACAUUAGUUAACAAAUGCUCAAUGAAGAUGGUUUCACAAAAAGUUGAUGUAAUACAAAGUUUCAAAGUGAAUCAACUAAGUUGUCCCUUCAAAAUUGCUCAUUCAAUUUUGCACUAAAACAUCAAAUAUUUUCCCUCAUCUUCAAAACUGUGCUACAGAUUAAACAAAUAAUUUUCAAUGUUUCCAUGUAACUGGAAUUGCAAGUUUUGAGAAAAAGUUUCAAAAGCAAAUUGAAUAUUCCGCUUCAACGUUGGUUGUGAAUCAAAGAAGCCUAACAGUUGUUAUCAAGUCUCCCUUAAAUGUUCACCUUAAUUGCACUCAUCUAAUGUGCUACUCUUGCCUCUUCCAAAUCAUCCAUUACUAACACCCAGAAUCUCUAGUAAUCGUCAAUAAUUUUCUUUAAACAUAACAAAAAGAAAGGAAUCAAGAAUCCAAUCCAAAAGUCAAAAAAGUUCUGCCCUCAAACUCUUAAAUAUUCACCGUACAAAAUUCGGAUUUAAUCAAUCAAUCAACAAAAAUUAUAAAAAAAGAUAAACAUAAAGUAGCAAAAAUAUGAGUGCAGAGGUUGAAGUUGAAACUGCCAUUGGUGAUGUUAAACUAUCAGAGAAUCGAGUUGACAAUAAAGAAGCUUGGUACAAAACAAUUUACCGACCAAUUCAUAAACUUCAUAUCACAUUUAUAACCAUAUUUGUCCUCUUAUUCAUUCUUAUAUCGUCAUUCAUUUUUUGGUAUAUUAAGGUAAAUAAACUUUUGGAUCCCAUGGUAAUUACCUAUGAUCGACAUGAUUGCGUCCCAAUGAAAGUGGCUUAUUGUAUAAAACAUAACGUUCGUUAUUCACACAUUACCUUGCCAAAUAAAAAUGAUGAUGACACAAGCCAGGAAUCAAUUAAUAUCCAAUUAGCUGAAUAUGAUCCUAUCUUAAGUGUCAAAUGUUAUUCACUUCUUCCCUUGUUUCUUUGCUCAUUAUCAACUUCCUUCUGUAAUUCAACUUCACAGCCAAUAAAACCUUGUCGAAGCUUCUGCAAAGAAGCACUUCGCCGGUGUGAUUUUUUUCUCAGCGUAUUUUCAUUAGAAUGGCCUUCGGAAAUUAAUUGCGAUCAAUAUCCAGACGAUCCUGAUCCUGACGUGUGUGUUGGUUAUCGUGAUAAUCAGCGAGUUAUUCGUAAAAAUAAAGUAUGCAGCACUGAGGGAUUCAGAUGUGAUGGAAAUCGUUGUUUACCUCGAAGCUGGUUGUGUGAUGGGUUCCUUGAUUGUAAAGAUGGUUCAGAUGAGCGCAACUGCAGCUCAUGUACGAAUGAUCAAUUUCAUUGUGGUAAAGGACGAUGUAUUGAAAAGAAAGACAUUUGUGAUGGAGUCCGUGAUUGCCAUGAUAACCGAGAUGAACGCCAAUGUCUUCGCUUAAAACAAUCCAUGGGUCGAAUGGGUUACGGUCGACUGGAAGCUUGGUCCGCGACUCAUAAUAACUGGAACACUGUUUGUGGUGAAGAUUGGGAUUCACAGUUUAUGUCGAUGAAGGCUUGUAAAAUGUUGGGCUAUCGUAAAGUAAAUGAAACACGAAUGCAAGAUGAAACGUUUGAAUCUCCAAAAGAUAGAAUGGGUCAACAGUUGACCAAGACAAUGUUUUACAAGGGAAGGGAAAAGGGUUGUAGCAAUGAAAGGAAAAUAUCAGUUUACCUAAAGUGUAUAAAUUUUGAAUGUGGUAAAUCGGCCAUUUCCUAUGUUGGUAAUUUCCGUAUAGUUGGUGGAACAGAAUCCAGGCCAGGACAGUGGCCAUGGUUAGCGGGUUUACAUGGUGGACCAGCUGAGAUAUUUUUCUGUGGCGGGAUUCUCAUUUCUCAACGAUGGAUACUUUCAGCUGCCCAUUGUAUAGGUAACCAGACUGAUGUAACUGGACUAAAUGUUAAAUUGGGAUUAACUAGGCGUACAUCAUCACCAUUUUUUGUUCGACGUCAGAAGAUCGCAGCAGUAAUCAAACAUCCAGGAUUCAAUUUAGCCAGCACUUAUGGUAAUGACAUUGCUUUAUUACUGUUGGAAGAAUCGGUUGAUUUCGACGAAUUUUUGAGACCAGUUUGCUUACCAACUGGAAAGGAAAAUCUUCUUCCCGAUAAAAAGUGUACCGUGAUUGGUUGGGGUAAGCCUAACCAUGACGAUGACUCUGAUUAUUUAAAUGUGAUCCAUGAAGUGAAUGUACCUUUGGUUAAUCACUCUGUCUGUGCUCAAUGGUACCAAUUACAAGACAUUACUAUUGGUGACAAAAUGCUCUGUGCAGGAUAUCCAGAAGGUAAAAAGGACGCCUGCCAAGGAGACUCUGGUGGACCUUUACUUUGUCGAAAUUCCGAUGAUUCUUGGUAUGUGGCCGGUAUUGUUUCGUGGGGAAUAAACUGUGCACAACCCAAUUUACCAGGAAUCUAUACCAACGUUUACAUGUACAGAGAUUGGAUCGAGCAAGUAACCGCAGAAUACGGUCAUCCAUUAAUGGAAAGUCAACAAGUUGAUUGAUUGGACCCAACGGAGCUCAUCUAACUUCAAUCUCACUUCUGAUUUCGGAUAGAAACACUUGUCAGAUGGAUAAAACUUGACGGCUUGUUACUGGAAUCAUGAAGACCAAACCAGAACUCUUCAAUGGUGGUCAAUCUUUAUUUGGCAAAUAUAAAUGUGAACAAGCUCAUUCAAUGGACUUCAAAAUUAUCAAUUAAAGUUGUUGCUUAUUCAGAAAUAUUAUUGAUUUGAGAUUUUUUGUUUUCAUUUACUUUCAAAAAAUGCUAAUUUUCUGUAAUUUAGUAAUUUUGAUCUGCAACCUCUUAGACUAUCUUGUUAAUAUUUCAAUAAUUAAAAGGCACAAAUGAAAAUUUGACCAGAA